UCGUGAUUUUCGCGGAUGCGGGGAGCCACACACACACACGCACAGAACGCGCGCGCGCGCGAACCCAGGGUCACCUUCUGUAGCGUCUCUACGACGGAGAGGAGCUGCGCGCGCUUCCGACCGCACAGCGGAGAAAACGCCAUUUAAUCGUGUUUGAGGAAGUUCUCUCUGCUGCAGUCUUCGUUCUCCGGCCAGCUUCACUCCGUCCACAGACAUGUCCGGCUCCUACGAUGAAUCCGCCGCUGCUGAUGAGGCCAUGGACAGUUUUUGGGAGGUGGGGAACUACAAACGUGCCGUGAAGAGAAUUGACGAUGGCCAUCGACUCUGCAACGAUCUCAUGAACUGCCUUCAGGAACGUGCCAAGAUCGAGAAGGCCUACAGUCAGCAGCUCACUGAGUGGUCCAAGAGAUGGAGACAGCUGAUCGAGAAAGGACCUCAGUAUGGUUCUGUGGAGCGAGCCUGGCUGGCUGUGAUGACCGAGGCAGAUAAAGUGAGCGAGCUCCAUCAGGAGGUGAAGAACGGCCUGCUGAACGAGGACGUGGAGAAGGUGAAGAACUGGCAGAAAGACUCCUACCAUAAACAGAUGAUGGGCGGCUUCAAGGAGGCCAAAGAGGCAGAAGAAGGUUUCAAGAAAGCUCAGAAACCGUGGGCCAAGAAACUCAAAGAGAUGGAAACAGCUAAGAAGACGUACCACAUGGCCUGUAAGGAGGAGAAGCUGGCGGCAUCCCGCGAGGCCAACAGCAAGUCCGAGGCGUCCGUCACUCCGGACCAGCAGAAGAAACUGCACGAGAAAACGGAGAAGUGCAAACAGGAUGUACAGAAGGCAAAGGAGAAGUAUGAGAAGUCUCUGGAUGAGUUGGGGAAAUGUCAGCCUCAGUACAUGGAGAGCAUGGAGCAGGUGUUUGAUCAGUGUCAGCAGCAUGAGGUCAAGAGACUCAACUUCCUCAAAGAGGUUCUACUGGACAUCAAACGCCACCUCAACCUCACCGAGAACCAAAGCUAUGCCUCAGUUUACCGUGAGCUGGAGCGCAGCAUCCUUGCCAUCAACUCUCAGGAGGAUCUGAAGUGGUUCAGUAACAACCACGGCCCCGGCAUGCACAUGAACUGGCCCCAGUUUGAGGAAUAUAAUCCAGAGGCCACCAACGCUGUGGCCAAGCGAGAGAAGAAGAAACCGGACGGAGCUGCUCCUGCCACGCCCAGUACAGAGCACGGAGGACAGCCAGGAGACCGCGGCAGCGUGAGCAGCUAUGAUAAGAACCAGGCGUACUCUACGGAGUGGUCUGAUGAUGAGCAGCCUGCCGGUUAUUCAGGAAAUGAGACUAACGGUGGCGGGAACUCCUUCGAGGAUGACUCUGGCAGAGGAGGAGUGAGAGUGCGAGCGCUGUACGAUUACGAAGGACAGGAACAAGACGAGCUCAGCUUCAAAGCAGGAGACGAACUGAUGAAGAUCGAGGAAGAGGAUGAUCAGGGCUGGUGUCGGGGACGUCUGGAUAACGGACGGACGGGGUUGUACCCCGCCAACUACGUGGAGGAAAUCUAAUGAUGAAGAAUAAUGCUGCAUUAUAACAGUCCAGCACAGAGCCAGAGACUUCAGAGUGACACACACACACACACACAAGCACACACUUCCCCAAAAAACACUAAGCAGUCUCGUCUUAAAACAGACAAAAUAAAGUCUUAGUAAAGCUUAUAAACCUUUUAUUCACACAGUAUAUAAGCCUGCAGUGUGUGAGGGAGGGAGACGUGUCCGUUAUAUUCAGAAGCAUUAUAAUGUAUAUCACACACACACACACACACGCAAAAAACAUAUGCAAGUGCAGGGAAACAUUUUGCAGUGUGUUUGAUAUGAAAACUGUGCAGUUGCUGCUUCAUGUUCGUCAUAUCAAUAGAAUCAGUUCGUUCUGAGAAAAUCAUUAUGUAGCAACAUCACAGAGUGUGUGUGUGUGUGUGUAUGUGUGUGUGUGUGUGUGUGUGUGAGGAGCAGCAUAUGUCCAUGUUCUUGCGGUCAUGUUGAGGAAACAGGAAUAAACACACACAUACACAAACACACACAAACACACACACACAAACACACACACACACAAACACACACACACACACAGAGGACACUAUUCCUGUUUUCUGCCAUCCAGUUAUUUUAUGCUACAGCAAACACACAGCCAUGCUGCCACACCAAGAUGCUCCAUGCAGGACACUUCUUUAUAUUAUUAUUAUUAUUAUUAUUUAUUUUUUUUGGGUUCAGUUCUCAGAGUGACCACAGGCUGACAGGGGGAUACUCUCUCAAACCCCUCUCCCCCCACCCCCUUCUCUCUACCCCACCCCCACCCUCGCUCCCUCUCUCUACGACCCCCCUCUCUCUCCCUCUCUCUACCCAACCCCCCCAUCUCUCUCUCCCUCUGUUUCCUCUCUCAACCUCCGCUCCCUUAUCAUCCAUCUCUCUGUUGAGGGUUUAUUUAUUCAGCAUGCUCUGGGAGGCUGGUGAGGGAGACUCGACUGAACGCAUCACUUGUUUUGCAUCUUAAAGAGUUUAAUGCGCUGCAUCACUUCAUCUCUUAUCUGAUUUUAUCUGGAAAUGACAUUAAUUUUUGAUGUUUGGACUUUUGGUGCAGUUUGUCCUCACGCAUCAUUCCUCAGAUUUCUAUUUACUUACAACAAUGGCGUUUGGAAGACGCUCUUAUCCUUGUCUCAUUUUAUACCACUGAACUGUUGAGGGUUCAGGGCCUCGCUCAGGGGCCCAGCGGAGGCAGCUUGGUGGUCCUGGGGUUUAAACUCACGACCUUCUGAUCAGCAACUUCAUCACCACUGAGCUACACUUCCCCUAUUCCUGUUACUUCUUCCUGUAAAGCUGCUUCGUGUCGGACGUCUCCAUCAGAAGUGUUUAAACCACUGACCUGAACAGCUACGCUCCAGUUUUAUAUCAGCAAUUAGAUCAGGAGAUCAGAUCAGCAAUGAGGCAGAAAUCUGAUCUGCAGAGAGCUGAGAGGAGAAACGUGCUGCGUUAAUGACCGAGACGUGGAGACGGGAAACACUAUCAGAUACACGAGAGACGUAAAGAUGUCUCGCUCAAGACAACACAAGUCAUAAUAGAUACACACACAGUUAUAAACCUGUAAUAAAAUAUACUUAUCACUGUACAUGCACCAAAAAUAUUACUGAUAAAUAUUACUAAUAUUACUAAUUAAAUCCUCAAAAUUCACUAGGAAUAAUUCAACAGCUCCAGAGUCUGAGACUGAAAUCCAAAUCUCAAGAACAAUCUCGAUUCUUAGAUUUUAUUUAUUCUAUUUUUUAGAGAUGCUUUAGAUCAGUAAAGAAAUCUAUAACUCCUUUUACACAAAAAUGAUUAUUAAUGUGUUAUUAAUGAAGAGAAUUUCCUCUUCCUCUACAUCUCCAUGUUCCUUUUUAUUCACUCUUUAUUCUUUAUUAUACUUUAUGAUUUCUUGUGCUUUUUUUCCGAAGCUAUUAAUAUAUGAGCGAGUUACUGAAGGCUGCAGCUUACGGCUCUGAUAAAUCGCUAAAAUAACAAAGAAAAAACGAACAGUUUUUAUUUCUAUCUUUUAGAAACUGUGAAAGAUUUUCAGCUGAGCUCGUGCGAGGACUGGAAAAGAAAAUAAACCCGAAUUCCCAGUCGUCAUGAACACAGCAAUAAAAUAUCCAGUUGCAGGAAUAAAAAUAGUAAGUGAAGAGUUUAACCAUGUGUAAGAAUAAAUAUAAUACAAUUUAAACAGGAUAAAGAAGAGAAACACCAGCUUUUACACGGUUUGUAUUAAACUGUCCAGCCUGACAAACAUCUACAUACACACAUACACACACACACACACACACACACACACGUGCUGAUGUGUUGGGGAAAAUGU